AUGGAAAUGGAAGCGCUAGUUGACGCACUGAAUCAGUAUCGUGUCAAUGUGGUGGCUGGCGAUGCAGGGCAAUUAGUCCAGUUAGUCCGAUAUCUCGACACGCUGCCUGUCAACCAGAGAGCCUCUCUCCAAAUACGGAAGAUGAUAUAUACAUCCGAGCCUAUGACGCCCGCACAAAGAAAAUUUAUUACAUCGGUGCUUGGGGGUGUCACCAUCUGCUCGAUGAUUGGGAGCGCAGAGGCUGGCCCAUGGGCUGUAUCUAACCCUUUGCUGACCGGCUAUAAUCCCGAGUCGCCAUCUGCUGACUUUAUCUACGACACUCGAGCGAUGCUUCUCGAGGUCCUGCCUCUAUCGUACCAAGGUUCAGAAGUGAAGAGUAAUUGUCAUGAUGGGUGUAUAGCGGGUGUUCCAGACGGCGAGAAAGGAACACUUCUGCAAACUUCUUUGCAGCGGCUGCGGAAUCCUCUAGUACGCUAUGUCUGUGGGGAUGUCGCAUCUCUUCAUCCACUUCCUGCGGAAGUUCGGGCAAGGUUGCCCGCAGAGGAGGCUGAGCACUACCGGAUUGUCCGUAUCUAUGGGCGUGACAAACGGAUCAGCUUCGACUGGUACGGGGAGUACUUUGAGUUUGAGACAGUUCAAGCGCUCAUGCGACAAGCCAGUUGGGGCAUCCUUCAGUGGCAAGUCAUCCUUUGGACCAAGCCGGAGGGAUUGGACAAAUGCUUGGAAGUCCGUCUGUUACGAAGCACAGCGUCGGAUGGGGCUUUACUGAGCGAAGAAGAUUUGAUUAAAGAAGUCAAGCACUUCUUUAUGGUAUUUGAUUUCAACGAAAGUCUUUUCCAGUUGAAAUGGGUUCGUUCGCAGUGCAACGGGUAG